AUGAAUUUGACUAAAAAUGACUGCGUUCUCAUCAAUUUCAAUAAUAGGCCAAGUCAAGACGUUAAUAAUUCACAAGGACAAGCGGAACCGUCCGAAACUAACAAUAUGACCAAUGCUAAUCCAGACAGUCUUAUUUCACAUGGAGACGAAACCACACAGGAUAUAACAAAAACUGCAACCUCUGAGUAUUCUGCAUUUUCCAAAAAUGAAAAAUACGUCUUUGUCUUUUUGUGUGCCAGUACAGCGGUAUUUAGUACCAUAGCAGCACCCAUAUAUUAUCCAGCGUUACGUAUUAUCGAGCAAGAUUUUCAUAUAGAUGAAGAAUUAGUCAACGUUUCUGUUGUCGUUUAUUUUAUUUUCCAAGGACUAUCCCCAACACUAGUGGGUGCAGUCGCUGAUACAUAUGGCAGAAGGCCUGUCGUCUUAACUAGUCUAACGAUUUACUUUUGUGCAUGUAUUGGUUUAGCAAGAGCUAAAACAUAUGCCCAAAUUUUAGUGUUAAGGUGUCUACAGAGUGCUGGCAUAUCACCAGUUAUUGCAGUCAAUAAUAGUAUAAUGGGGGAUAUAGCAACAUCUGCAGAAAGAGGUGGAUAUGUCGGUUUAACCUCCGGGUUCCAAGUGAUUGGUACUGCUUUUGGAUCAUUAAUCGGUGCUGGAUUGACUGCUACCUGGGGUUGGAGAUCUAUUUUUUGGUUUUUGACUAUAGGUAGUGGAGUGUCUUUACUAUCAGCUUCAGUUUUCUUACCUGAAAGUAAAAGAAGUAUAGUUGGCAACGGCAGUAUUGUUCCCAAACUUUUGCUAAAUCGAGCUCCAAUACUAUAUUUUGGGUCCAUUGGUAAAAAAAUUAAAAAUCCUGAUUAUGAUACCCUAGAAGUCAAUUCCCCAUUGAAAUUGUUGGGGUUUAUUGAUGUUUUCAAAAGAAAGGAAUUAGCCAUUUUAUUGUGGGUGUCUGGGAUUCAAUUCUCUUGUUGGACUGUCCACUUAACCACAUUAUCUUCUGUUUUAUCUAGUGUUUAUGGGUUAUCAACUGCAAAAGUUGGAUUAUGCUACUUACCAGCAGGAAUAUGUACUCUGUUAAGCGUUGUUAGUGCUGGUAGAUUGUUAAAUUGGAAUUAUAAGAGAAGGAUGAGUAAGUAUAAAGAAUGGGCACAUAAUAAUGAAAACAUAAUUGAUAGUAGUCUGCCAGAACAUAGAUUCAAUAUAUAUAAAACUAGACUAGAAUUAGCAUUUAUACCAAUUAUUUUAAGUGCUAUUGGGUUUAUAACUGCUGGUUGGCUAAUGACUUAUAAAGUUAAUCUAGGUGCCGUUCUAGUAUUUUCUGGAUUUGCUUGCCUUUUUUGCAAUUGUAUCUUGACAUUUACUAAUACAUUAAUGGUUGAUUUAUACCCGGGGAAAUCAUCUAUUGCAUCUGGAUGUGUUAAUUUUUCAAGAUGUAUUUUAAGUGCCAUUCUUAUUGCUGCAUUGAGUAAAAUGUUGGAAAAAAUGAAACCCGGUGGCACUUUUACAUUUAUUUCUGGGUUGGCUACACUUUCUUCGGUAUUGUUAAUGAUUACUAUUAAAAGAGGACCGUAUUGGGAAUAUAAAAGAAAUUUGAAAAAUCCUAAUUUUAAAAGUGUGAAUGGUGCUGAAGUUACUGAAAAGGAACAAGUAAAAGAAGAGGAAAUAGAAAAAAAGUAA